AUGGUGAAGAUGGUCUCCUUCAACCUGGAGCCAUUGCACAAUCUGAAGCUGAACUCUAACCAGAUUCCGCCUUCAUGGGCGAAGGAACUCGCACGGAGAUGGUCCGGGAACCGGACCAUAGUCCGCUUGGAGAUGAGUGAGAAUGGCCUUGGCGCAGAUGGAGUGGAGGCUCUUGCGAGAUGUUUUCAACCAAGCACUCGCUUGGAAUGUUUGGUCUUGGAUAGCAACAGCUUUGGAGAUAAAGGAGCCGAGGCGCUGGGCACCAUGCUCACCGAGAACCGAUCUUUGCGCGAGCUCAGCGUCCGGCGAAAUCAGUUCGGCGACAACGGAGCCAAGGCCGUCGCCUUGGGCCUCAAAAGCCAUCGAAGCCUCAUGGCCUUGAUUUUAGAUGCGAAUGACAUUGCCGAUGUGGGUGGUGAGGCGUUGGCGGAUGCCUUGGACCGCAGCGAGUUGGAGAGUCUCCACAUCCAGCUCAACAAGCUCGGUGACCGAGGCUGCAAGGCACUGGAGGAGGCCGAGCAACGCUCCAAGACCUUGGUCGACUUCUGCAUAGACGAUAAUGAUGGCGAGGCACCUGAAGCAUGUGGAGAGCUCGCUCCAGACCGCCACGUAAGGCAGGCCAUCAGGACCGGCACCGCCACGGCCGUUAGCUGCAGCGAGGACCGCACCCUGAGGGUCUGGGACCUGAUGACGGGCACCUGCACCGCCACGCUCACCGGACACAGCGACGACGUCCACACCCUGUGCCUGGUCGACCGCUUCAACGUGGCCUCUGGCGACGGAUCGGGCCAGGUGAAGCUGUGGGACCUGCAGUCCGGCCGGUGCAAGGCGACCAUCGCCACGCAGCACGGCGACGUUCGUGCCCUUUGCCGCUGGGGAGACGACCAGAUCGCGACCGGAGGCUAUGACAACACCAUCCGAUUCUGGGAGGUCGCCUCCGGCCGAUGCGUCUGCACGUUGCGCGGGCACGACGAUUGGGUAAGGGCCGUGCGCAGGGUCAGCGCGACGCUCCUGGCCAGCGCCAGUCUCGACGGCACCGUCAAGGUAUGGGAUCGGCGCACGGAACAAUGCCUGUCGACGCUGGAAGGACACAAAGGCCCGAUACUUGCCCUGGUGAGGUUGUCUCACGGCAGCGUGGCCUCAGGCGGCACCGACUGGACCAUCAAAGUCUGGUGCCUGGAGACGGCCACCUGCCGCCUCACCCUGACGGGACACACCGACACGGUAUGGGCGCUCGCCCGUCUGUGCUCCCGCACUUUGGCCAGCGGCAGCGGCGACCAAACGAUCCGCUUGUGGAAUCUGGUGACCGGUGCGUGUAACCAGGUCCUGCAUGGCGACGGCGCUUCCGUGUACGCCCUUGUGCGCAUGGAUGCCGCCACGCUGGUGUCCGGCGGCGGUAGCGGUGUCCUAAAGGUGUGGCGGAGCUCCGAGGCGACGCCCAAAGAGCAGCUGCAGGGGGAUCCCAGGUGGAGAGAGAGCGGAGCUGAGACCGCCACUCCGGGGAGCUGCUUGGAGCAGCGCUUCGAAGCUUCGAGGUCUAUGUGCUUAGCCACUGAUCCGGAGGAAUGUCAACCACGUUGCAUGCAGCUCUGGCCAGUACUGGCCAUUUUUGUUGGGUCUUGGCUUUCUGAAGAGGAUGUGCGCAAGCAGCCCUUGACCAGAGAUGUUUUGGCUGCUUCUCGUGCCUUGCUGGCCUCCUCCACCUCGAAGCAAAGCCCAGCGACACCGGAGAACUGCGAGCAUCAGCGAGAUGUGGCGAAGUUGGAGAAGGAGCGCGACAAGUUGAAGCAGUACAUUCUUCAUGGUGAUUAUGAGAAAUUGAAGCACUUGCUUCAAAGCUGGAGGGGAAGCAAUGCAUACGUCCACAACUUGAACCAGACCAAUGACAACUACUCUCAGAUUCGUUGCAGUGAUUUGGAAUACUUGGCCAAAAGUCACGUGCAAUACCAAGAACCCAAGUACGAGAGCCUCACUGACACUGAAACCAUGAAAACGAUGCACAACACAGUGCUGGGGCUGGCUUUACGCAUGACACGAAAAAACAAUGAGCGGGUGCUCAUGGGCUUUCUGUACGAGAAGUGGGAUGUGGGAGACCAAGAUUCGAUGAUACAAAGACGCGUGGACAUCGUUCGGAUCCUAUUGGAGAGUGGAUUCCUUUGGGGCAGUGGAGAUUUAGUUUGCGAGGUGGUACCAGAGAAGGAAGGCUAUCACAAGGAAGUGCGAGAGGCCUUUGCGCGGACAGUCCUGCAUGACUUGGUCCGUAACGAUAUUCACUUGGACAAAGAUCAGUUGAUGUUGAUGAAGAAGAGUGAGAAAUGCGGCGGCAACGAGAUGGAUGGUGUCGUUUGGGUCUUGGCGCAAGCCCCCGGCGCCUUUACGAUGCUGGGCCUGUUGGAGCCACAGACCGUCCUGAUGUGUGACGCACAGGAUAGGGAUGCACACGACCACGCCUCCAUCGACUUCAAAGAGCUUGUGCAACUCUAUAUGGUCAUGCAAAUGCCCUUGACCACGGUGGACCCCUAUGGCUGGAACGCCGAGAUGCUUGCAGCCAGGAAGCUGAGAAGAAAUCACGUGGAGGUCUUACGGCAUGAAGUUGUGGGUACCUGGUACCGUGAUUACAAAGAAGCUUGCAAGAAGUGGUUGAGUACCUCAGAUUUUAUGUCCAACGCUUUGUCAGACGGAUAUGUCAAUGCUUCUUUGAUGUUUGCUCGUCUUGCUCGAAUCUUGCUGGUGGUCUUCGUGAUCCUACUGAUGCUCCUGAUCGUUGAUGGAUGUCAGUCCUUCUGUGGCUGCCAGUGGGAUCCAAUUUGGAGGAUCAAGACCGAAGUGCAGAAGUGCGGGUGGGACUAUGACGAUGCAGGCUUCCUCCUCUUGGUUGACAUGUCCUUCAGGGUCCUCUGGCUCUUAAUGAUCAAUACGGCAUUUCUGCAAGUGCCUCCUUUGCUGACCACGGGCUAUGAGAACCAAGUCCUUCCGGGCGUGGGCAACAUUCCAUCCGUGAGCAUCUGGAAUCCUCUUCCCAUGACGGCUGUUGUGAUCGGCUGUCUUUCCUUGGUUUCGGCAACGCUGUGGGCCUAUUUCGACUAUUGCAACGCAGUGCCCAAUUGGGCCGCAGAUGAGAAGACGGCCGAGUGGGCCGCAAGGUCCAGUCUCGACACCGCUUCCUACCAGCACAGCACAAGACCCACAAAAUUCGCAUCCACAGCUACGACCUCAGCUAAAAUGGAGACCUCUUCAUCCACCAUUCCAGCCUCCACAACAGCGAGCUACCCACCGGGAAACAAACCAACCUGGUCUAGCUCAUUUGGAUUGAUCUGUGAUGAGAAAGAAGUCCAGAAGAAAUUGAAGAAGCCAAUACCAGAGGACCGGUUUCAAGAUCCCACUUCCCAUUUCCUUGGCUGCGUUUGCAUUUUUGUGCUGGUGACCAGUCUCAUGGUCAUUUACAUAGAGACAAUUCUGCAACCAUUGGAGAUGAAUCCCAAGAGGAUGGGCCUUUGGUUGGGUGCUCUACUGGUGCAAGUCCGGAUCACUUUGGAUGACAAGACCUUAAAGGAAGAGGAAGGAUACAACAAAACACCCCCCACAAAGAAGCAUCAGGCAAGCCAGCGCGAAGCCUAUUACUACAGCCAGCUGCAGCUGUGUGAGCAUCAGGCGACCGAUCUGGCCUCCGAUUUCGAGAGUGAAGGUGACGAGCACGGCGCCAAGAAAACGCCAGAACAUUCAGAUGCACAGCUCCUGCGGCAUUGGCUACGCUGGGCCUGUUGCAUGGUGACGCCUGAAAAUCGAGAAAUGUGGGGCUUGCACCUGUCGGCUCGACGCUGGAACAGCAGUAUCACGCGGGAGGCCGAGGCCGAAGCCAAGGUGGUGUACGGAUGGUGGAGGCGGCCAUGCAUUUUCUUCCGUUUUGUGAUGUCCUACGUUUCCAGCGGUUUGUACAAGGCCAUCAUCGUUUAUACCUUACCUUUGUGGCUUUGCAGGGGUGGUAUGGUAGACUUCGUUUUGAACGCCUUCGCCCUCGUUUACAUCGUGGAGCUGGAUGAUGUAAAGGACGAGCAGAAGGUGCCAUGAAAGUUGGAGCGUGAGCCACCCGCUGAGCCUGAGGAGGAGCCUGAACAUCGGCAGCAGUGUUUCAUUCUUUGUUAGUCCAAAGUUGGCAUCACCUGAGACAUCUUGCUCCGAUUCGUCGGAAUGAAUUCUUUGUCGUCGAAAUCCAGUGCUCUUGACCUUUGUGUACCAAAAAAACGG